UCUCUGACAGUCACUCUCUUCCUCUUGACUAUUGUCUCCACUCCCCGAGGCACGCCCCCAAUGCGCCUCCACCACCUCCCCCUCCUCGUCCUCCUCGCCGCGCUCGCCGCCAGGGAUGCGGCCGGCGGCGACGCGGAGGCGCUGCUUGCGGCGAAGGCCGCGCUCGAGGACCCGACCGGCUCGCUCGCGUCCUGGUCGACCAACGCCACUGCCGGCCCGUGCGCGUGGUCCGGCGUGUCCUGCGACGCGCGCUCCGGCGCGGUCGUCGGCGUCGACCUCUCCGGGCGCAACCUCUCCGGCGCCGUCCCGAGCGCCCUCGCCCGGCUCCCCUUCCUCGCGCGCCUCGACCUCGCCGCCAACUCGCUCUCGGGUCCCAUCCCGCCGUCGCUAUCCCGGCUCCGCCUCCUCGCCCACCUCAACCUCUCCAGCAACGGCCUCAACGGCUCCUUCCCGCCGCCGCUCGCGCGGCUCCCUGCGCUCCAGGUUCUUGAUUUGUACAACAAUAAUUUCAGCGGCCCUCUCCCGCUCGAGGUGGUCGGGAUGGCGCAGCUCAGGCACCUCCACCUCGGCGGCAACUUCUUCACCGGGGAGAUUCCCCCGGAGUACGGCCGGUGGGGGAGGCUGCAGUAUCUCGCCGUCUCCGGCAACGAGCUGUCCGGCAAGAUACCUCCGGAAUUGGGCAACCUGACGAGCCUCAGGCAGCUCUACAUUGGCUACUACAACAACUACUCCGGCGGGAUACCGGCCGAGCUAGGGAACAUGACGGAGCUUGUCCGGCUCGACGCGGCGAACUGCGGUCUCUCCGGCGAGAUCCCGCCGGAGCUCGGGAAUCUCGCCAAGCUGGACACGCUGUUCCUGCAGGUGAACGGGCUCACCGGUCGCAUCCCGCCGGAGCUGGGCCGGCUCGGGAGCCUCAGCUCGCUCGACCUGUCCAACAACAUGCUCUCCGGCGUGAUUCCGGCGAGCUUUGCGGACCUUAAGAAUCUCACCCUCUUCAACCUCUUCCGGAACAGGCUCAGAGGUGACAUCCCCGAGUUCGUCGGCGACCUGCCCAGCCUCGAGGUGCUGCAGCUGUGGGAGAACAACUUCACCGGCGGUAUCCCGCGCCGCCUUGGCCGUAACGGCCGCUUCCAGAUGCUCGACCUCUCGUCCAACAGGCUCACGGGUACCCUCCCGCUGGAGCUGUGCGCCGGAGGCAAGCUGCAGACGCUCAUCGCGCUCGGCAACUCCCUCUUCGGCGCAAUUCCGGAUUCUCUCGGGAAAUGCCGGUCGCUUACGCGCGUCCGCCUCGGCGAGAACUUCUUGAAUGGUUCAAUCCCCGAAGGUCUCUUUGAUCUGCCGAAUCUGUCUCAGGUGGAGCUCCAGGACAACCUCCUGUCCGGCGGCUUCCCGGAUGUUGUGGGCACCGGCGCACCCAAUCUUGGGGGGAUUAGCCUCUCCAACAACCAGCUCACUGGCGCAUUGCCGUCGUCCAUUGGGAGCUUCUCUGGGUUGCAGAGGCUGCUUCUUGAUCAGAAUGUGUUCACCGGGGCCAUACCGCCGGAGAUUGGCCGGCUGCAGCAGCUGUCCAAGGCUGAUCUUAGCGGCAAUUCGUUCGAUGGCAGCCUGCCGCCGGAGAUUGGAAAAUGUCGGUUGCUCACUUACCUUGAUGUCAGCCGGAACAACCGGUCGGGAGAUAUCCCUCCGGCUAUCUCCGGCAUGGGGAUACUGAACUAUCUGAACCUAUCCCGAAAUCAGCUUUAUGGAGAGAUACCAGCAACCAUUGCUGCAAUGCAGAGCCUCACGGCCGUGGACUUCUCAUACAACAACCUGUCUGGGCUUGUGCCAGCGACCGGGCAGUUCAGCUACUUCAAUGCCACGUCCUUCGCUGGCAAUCCAGGUUUAUGCGGUCCGUACCUUGCGCCAUGCCGCCCUGGUGGUGCUGAAACAGGCCAUGGAACACACACCAAUGGUGGGCUGUCCAGUAGCCUCAAGCUGAUCAUCGUCCUCAUCUUGCUUGCCUUCUCCAUCGCAUUUGCUGCCAUGGCAAUCUUGAAGGCCCGGUCACUGAAGAAAGCCAGCGAUGCGCGUGCUUGGAAGCUCACUGCUUUCCAGCGCCUUGAAUUCACAUGUGACGAGGUGAUCGAUAGUCUCAAGGAAGAGAACAUCAUCGGCAAAGGUGGAGCUGGCACUGUGUACAAGGGGACAAUGCCAGAUGGUGAUCAUGUUGCAGUGAAGAGACUUUCUGCGAUGAGCCGUGGCUCGUCACAUGACCAUGGUUUCUCUGCGGAGAUACAGACACUUGGGAGGAUCCGGCACCGCUACAUUGUGCGGCUACUUGGCUUCUGCUCGAACAACGAGACGAAUCUUCUGGUGUAUGAGUAUAUGCCUAAUGGCAGCCUGGGGGAGCUACUCCAUGGGAAGAAGGGCGGACACCUGCACUGGGAUACUCGGUACAAGAUAGCUGUUGAGGCUGCCAAGGGUCUAUGCUAUCUUCACCAUGAUUGCUCACCACCAAUCCUGCACCGCGAUGUCAAAUCAAACAACAUUCUCCUUGACUCCGAUUUCGAAGCACAUGUUGCUGAUUUCGGGCUUGCCAAGUUUUUGCAGGACUCUGGCACAUCAGAGUGUAUGUCAGCCAUUGCCGGUUCUUAUGGCUAUAUUGCUCCAGAGUAUGCGUAUACUCUCAAGGUUGAUGAAAAGAGCGAUGUAUACAGCUUUGGUGUAGUUCUUCUUGAGCUGAUAACCGGAAAGAAGCCAGUAGGGGAGUUUGGCGAUGGUGUCGACAUUGUUCACUGGAUCAAGAUGAUGACCGACUCAAACAAGGAGGAGGUUAUCAAGAUCAUGGACCCCAGGCUCUCAACUGUGCCGGUGCAUGAGGUAAUGCACGUCUUCUAUGUUGCGUUGCUCUGUGUUGAGGAGCAGAGCGUGCAGAGACCAACAAUGCGGGAGGUGGUGCAAAUCCUCAGUGAGCUUCCCAAGCUGACUUCAAAGCAUGGAGAGGAGCUUCCUAGUAGUGGUGAAGGUGACGACUCUGGUCCGGUGCAAGGACUUUCUGAAAAUGUGGAGGCAGCGGCCAAUGAAGCCAACGAGCAGCACCAUCAGCAGCAGCCUCGCUCGCAGUCUUCGCCGCCUUCGAAACUCAUCAGCAUCUGAAGAAUUGUCAAGCUGAAUUCUUGCCAUUCCUUUUCUUUUGUUUCUUUUGUGAAAUUUGGAAAUUUAAAUCUUGUAACUUUAGGAUUGGUAUGCAGUUCUCUGCAUUUAGAGCAUGGAGCGUAGACUUUCUGGUUGUGCUAUGUAUCUUAGAUAUUUGUGCUGUAAAUAUCAAGCUUCGCAAUCUCUAGUUACAUGUUACAAUCAAGAGACUGGUCAGGGAGUUAAGAGUUUAGUUGUACUGGAGCUAUCCAGCUUUCUGCUCCAAUGUGGACACCAAAGUUUCAAGUGCCUUC